UCUCUAGCUAGAGUGACGAUAUUGAGAAAGAGAAAACACACAAUCAUGGCCCUCACACUUCCGCUGGAGCUGCAACAGCAGAUCUUCUCGUACCUGGACCCUUGGUCAUUCUACGCAUCGCGCAAUGUCUGCCGGUACUGGAAGUAUGCAUCCAGGGAUGCCGUGACGCUCGCCAACCAACUAGGACAAUUGCCCAUCGAACCGACAACGUGGGCCAAGAAGGCAGACUCGAAACGAAGAGAGUCGGUAUACGACGAGGCGGCAAGAGCGUUGAUGCUGGGCAUGCGCGUCAAGGCUUCAGCACCAGCCGACGACGACGGCCUCUCAGCAAGACUCGACAAGACCAAGCUUGCUCUCUCCAGGGACGGCAGGCGAGCAGUCUCUCUCCACGACCGUACAAUCACACACUACGACACGACCACAUCCGAGCCCACCGUCAUCUCCACACGUCCCAUCAACGACCUUCGCACGGCAAUGGGUGGAGGCCCGUGGUUCAAGUGCUCCCCGACGUCCAUGUAUGAGCUUGCUCUCUCUUCCGACGGACGCAUGCUGGCCAUCGCCCUGGAACGCACCGUCCAGAUCUACGACCUGGACGCACCCGCCGACUCAUGGCCCGUUGCCUCGUACAUCACCUCGGCCACUGGCCACUACAUUGCUGCUCUCGACUUCGAACACAACGACAGCUUGCUGCGAGUCCAGCUGAGCAACAAAGGCGUCGUUGUCUACCUUGGCUCGCCUCAGGAAUCCAAGCCUGGCCUAGAGCACUGGCAAGAGAAGGGUGGUCUGAAGCACGCCUUCCUUGAUGCUAGCAAGCUCUCCUUGCCCUCCUCAGACCCUGUUGACGGUGCUCCUGCCAUCUCACAACGUUUGGCUGGCCUUCAGCUCUUGCGUCCCUUUGCCGAUGGCUGGCUCAUUGCUGCUCAGAAGCAUGCGACCAACGUCCAAUCUGGCUCAUACUGUUUAGCCUAUGUUCCUUUCAGCAAAAUCCACGGCCACGUUCUUACCGCCGAGCGUGCUGUUACCAUUCUCCAAGAUCUUCCUGUCCAUCUCUCCGAGCACAUCCAGCACUUGUGGCACGACCUGCCUUCUGCUCACAUCAACCACCCCCGUUUUGCUCUGUCACCCAACAACUCAUUGUUGGCCAUGUCUGAAAACAAAUCGUCCUCCACUUCUACAACUCCCUCAUCGAACCGCGUCUUCCUCUACCGCUUGCCAUCGGCCGAGAAGCUCAUGGAGACACUCAAGCCGCAACACCCUCUUUUGCAAAAGCUCGAGGCCGAGCAGGGACUCAAGUACCAGAUUAAACGCCUUCCUACUAGUCUUGGGUCAAUAUCUGGCAAGAUUCUCGAUUUCACUUUCAAGUCUGGCGAUAAUGGUGCCAGCUCUCCACUUGCAGUCACUGCCGUCACUGAUACUGGCGCCAUGACCUGGACGUUGCUGGACAACUAA